UAUUUUAGUCUCUUUCUUCACCACUCCCUUUCAUGCUCUUCCAAAUUUCAUCACAGAAAAAGAAUAUAAAGAAAAUGAAGUCUUUUUAGUGAUGAGAAUUUUGAAUUGUUAUUAUUUUUAAUGGUGAGCAACCAACCCAUUUUUGUAUCUUUUUUCUUGGUUUUUCUUUUGAUUCCGUACUUGACUUUCAGAAAGUCUUGGAGGAGAGAAAUAAGUAAGAACAGUAAAAACAAUAGAGAGGAAUAGAGAAGAUGGUACUAUUUUUAAAAUUUUUUUUUUAUUAAUCACAACUGUUUGGAAGGGAGAGAGAGAGAGAGAGAGAGAGAGAGAGAGAGAGACCUGGUUAAAGCAUGAGAGGCUGAGAUGAGUUGCCUCAGAUCCAGGGAACCCAAGUAAUUAGUGAGAAAAGGGUGACAUCUUUUUAGGGUUUUCCUGUGAUUCUUGGGACACUGCCUUUCAUUGCUUCUUUCUCAUGAUCCACUUUUCUCUUUCUUUCUUGUGUUAGGCGUAAUGGGAUGGUUUCAAAUUUAAUUUAAUUCUAUUGUCACUUCUUUUAAAAACAAAAGAUUUCUCCUUUUCUUUUUGGGUUGCGUGUGUACUUCAGUUCUUUUCUGGCUGUUUCUCUGUCAUUGUAGUUGAUGGAGUUAGAUAAAGAAGAUUCCAGAGAAGAAGUUGAUAAGGCUUAAGCAGGUCUAUGCUGUCAACUUUUAGGUCGGUACUUCCAUAUAUGGAAGUUGGGAUCCAUUGUUGUUGACCGGAUCUGACUACUUAUUUCCCCCUAAAGCUGAAAGAUACAGCUGAAUUUUGCUUCCUCUAUUGGUCAAAUUCCUUUUCCUAGGCAUGAGAAAUGGUCCGUAGAAACCCAGCAUUCACAGGCGGUUUCAUUUUGAGUAACUUUUUGUACUGCCUAGAUAGGGAUAUUGAUGGAGGAGAUGUCUCCGGCGGUCGCGGUGCCAUUUAGAGUAGGUAACUCGGUCUGUGAUAACCCAACGAUUGCUACCCAUUUGGAUGUCACUAGACUUAAGCUGAUGGCGGAUUCUGGGGUUUUGUUAUCCGACUCUGUAACUAAGACUUCCCCUGAGACAAUUACUGGUGGUGAUGAAGAAUGUAAUUGUGGUGAUUUGGCGAAUGAAGUUAGUGUUGCAGCGGCCGUGGUGCCGAAAGAGGAUUCUUUGUUGGAUAUGGUAUCUCAAAAAGAAAGUUCUUGGGUUGCUGGUGACGAUGUGAUGGCCCGGGAAAGUGAGGAAGACGAUUCCUUAUCAUUGGAGGGUGAUAGGAUUCUUGAUAGCUCUUGUUCUCUUUCUGUAGGGAGUGAGUGUAGUAGUUUGUGUGGAGAGGACAUCAUGGUUAUUGAGGCUGCUUCUGAUAUAGUAACACUGAGUUCCAUAGACAUACAGAAGAGCUUAUGCUGUGUUAAUAAUGUUGUUGCUAAGGCCACCGAUUCAGAGGGACCAAAUGAUGGGACAGAGAUCGUGAGCGAUCCUGUUGCUGUGGCUGUGAGUCUUGAGGAAGUGAAUGGUGAUGUCUCGGAUCCAAAGACAUCUGCAGUUAUUCUUCCAUUGCCUCUGGAAAGAGCGCUGAGUGGAGCCUCAGGCCGCAGCGUUUUUGAGGUGGAUCAUGUCCCUCUUUGGGGAAUUAUGUCUGUGUGCGGAAGAAGACCUGAGAUGGAAGAUGCAGUUGCUGCUGUUCCUCGUUUUCUGAGGAUUCCUAUUCAAAUGCUAAUUGGUGACAGGGUAGUCGAUGGUUUGACUAAUUGUUUACCUCCCCAGACUCUGCAUUUCUUUGGAGUCUAUGAUGGCCAUGGAGGCUCUCAGGUUGCAAAUUAUUGUCGUGAUCGUAUGCAUGUGGCUUUGGCUGAGGAGCUAGAAUGUGUGAAGGAAGGCUUAGGAAAUGGAACGAUCAAGGGAAAUUGCCAAGAGCAGUGGAAGAAAGCAUUCACCAAUUGUUUUCUCAAGGUUGAUGACGAAGUUGGAGGGAAAGAGAGUCUUGAGCCUCUCGCUCCCGAAACUGUUGGUUCUACUGCAGUGGUUGCGGUUAUUUGUUCCUCACAUAUCGUGGUAGCAAACUGUGGAGAUUCUCGAGCAGUUCUGUGUCGUGGGAAAGAACCUAUGGCAUUGUCAGUUGAUCAUAAACCAGAUCGAGAAGAUGAAUAUGCGAGAAUUGAGGCAGCGGGAGGCAAAGUCAUACAGUGGAAUGGGCAUCGUGUUUUUGGAGUUCUGGCAAUGUCAAGGUCUAUCGGUGACAGAUAUUUGAAACCAUGGAUAAUUCCAGAACCAGAGGUGAUGUUUCUUCCACGGGCAAAACAUGAUGAAUGCCUUAUUUUAGCUAGUGAUGGGCUAUGGGAUGUCAUGACAAAUGAAGAGGCGUGCGACUUGGCUCGGAAAAGAAUACUUCUGUGGCACAAAAAGAAUGGGGCUACACUUCCAACUAUAAGGGGCGAGGGGAUAGAUCCCGCAGCUCAAGCGGCGGCAGAAUUUCUCUCGAACCGUGCUACUCAAAAAGGAAGCAAGGACAACAUCACUGUGAUUGUGGUAGAUUUGAAAGCUCAAAGGAAGUUCAAAAGCAAAACAUGAGGGUACCUUCAUCCUCCUCCUAUUUGCUUUGCUCCAUGAUUGUACAAUUUGGAAUAUCAUCUAGCAUAGUUCUGCUCAUUUGUUUUUCACCUGGGCUAUAUUUUUAUUGAGAUAGCAUUCUGUAUCCACCAUUGAACAUCCUAGGUUCAAGAGCUGAUCUCUUCACUGUUUCAAAGUGCAAUGUGCCGAAUUCUGGCUAUGUAAAGUUUAGCAGCUUGUAUUAGACGGUGACAGUUUCAUGUUUUUACCAUUAUGGAGAAAUUGUAUUCAUUAAUAUUAUGCCUCCGAGUUAAAAAGGCUCUGCGAGGUAUUUACUUCUUA